AUGAACUAUCCCCUGGAGUUCCACUACAUAACCUUCAGCAUCACCGUGACAUGGCUGUGUCUCAAGUUGCUAGGCCCCAAUGUGGCAAUGUGCACGGUCAACUCAGUGUUCAACAUGGGUUUUCUGCUGUACGCCUACAGAUGCUACGAAACAGACGACUACGACAUCAAUUGGACCACUGCACAGUGCGUGAUGUGUCUGCGAAAUAUCAGUCUUGGAUUUGACUAUAUGGACGGAGAGACGCUAAAACAGAAAGGAGCCGAGAAACUAUCUCCCGACCAAGUAGUGAAUAGCAUCGAUACCCCACCUUCGUAUUUGGAGAUGCUUGGGUUCUCUCUGUUUUUCCCCUGCGUUCUUGUCGGUCCCCAGGUGACCUACAGACACUUCCGAAGUUAUCUUGAUACGUAUAUUCCGGGACACGGUGGCCGGCCGACGCGCAGGGAACAUUUGAUACCAGCGUUGUACAGUUUUGCUGAAGGUAUCAUGUACUUCGUCGGAUCGCAAGUGCUCAGCUACCCCGCCGAACACUUCUUCUCGCAAGAAUACCAACACGAGUGGAAUCUCUGGGAGAGAUAUCAAUUCUUUUUCCUGCAUUCUAUAACCUUUUUCUGGAGAUAUUUCGGGUGCUGGAAGCUGGCCGAGUCUGCAUGCCAGUUAACUGGUGCUGCGUAUCUCGGCAGGAACGAGAACGGCAAAAUCCAUUGGGGCUUGCACAAUUUCCACUCUUGGCGAUUCUUCUCAGGUAUCAACCUGGAUGAGAUCAUCAAAACGUUCAAUAUCAAUACCAAUUAUUGGGUGAUGCGUAUUGUAUUCAAGCGACUCAGAUGGCUAGGCAACAAGAACGCCUCUCAACUGGGCGCUCUCUUCUUCCUUGCUAUAUGGCAUGGCUUCCAUACUUCCUAUUUCCUUGCGUUCGGCAUGGAGUUCUACGAGCUCUUCGCUGAACGAGGUAUCAGGAAAUGGGCGUCAGGUUUGAUCGAGUAUGUUGACCAAUCACCAGCCCCGAUCCGCUUUUCAGGAAUGCUAUUUGCCUGGGUCAGCAGAUGCACAUUGCUGGGCAACGGUGUCAUUCUAUUCGAGAUGCUCGACGUGAUGAAGGGUUUGGAGGUUCACAAGUCCCUAUACUUCCUCCCCACCAUACUUCCCACUAUCUACCUGAUAAUUCCCAUGGUCCUACCACCCCCCAAUGCGGAAGAAGAAAAUUUCAGUCGCAACCACCGAUGA